CAAGAAUCAUUGGUCCUCAGACCAUGUGAUCUACAGUAGACUUCCUAGGCGGGUGAUUGAGUAUUUUGUUGGAUAUUGAUUCUUCUGAGUUUGAGGGGGCUGUGAUUUAAUCGCUUUGAGAUCCAUUUCACCUCAAUCAAAUAAGUUUUAGCUAAAGGACGACAAAAGACCAUGGCUACACAUGAAUGAAAAGCGUCAGUUUACCAUACGACUAAAUGGCUCUCAUGACUGUGUGGUCCUCUUGUAUGAGUAUGUUGGGAAGAAGACUGGACCUGCAGCAUACGGAGGUUCCAGACGCCUACAGAGGGAGAGGCAUUACCAAGGUGCCAUAGAUUUUGAGGUGGAAGAGGAUCUGAAGGCUCACCUGACCUGCUGGUACAUCUAGAAAUAAGUCAGAGAAUCCCCAACCUCAAUACCUGGAGCACACCCACCCAAUGUGACCCCAUGACAGAGAGGAGCGGAGAGAGACUGAGGUAGAAAGCAUGGGCUCAUGCUUUUGGUUUGGAGGGCUUUGUGCUCUGUUUGUUUUGGGGGGGGGGGGUGUUAAGGGAAAGGGCAACUAUACUAGACCUAUCCCUACGGACAUAAAGACUUCCUGUUGGAGAGCAGUGGUAGAGGAACUGUCCGAGUGCCAUUGUCAUUACCUGUCCAUGGGCAUGGACGUUUGUGUGUGUGUGUGUGUGUGUGUGUGUGUGUAAAAACAAAGGAAUGUUGCAGAGUCUUUCUGCCCCCAAGGCUGUCUUCUCCAUCACGCUUCGGCAGUAUUGCUUUCACCUAUCCUGUCUUGGCUGGUCCUUGAAGAGGAGUGAACAAUGUCCUCUCGUCAAAACCGGAAAGACAUAACAGCUGUUCAUCAGGACCUUGAUUAGCUUUUUAGAACCUUCAUUGACAGUUGGGGUGAUCUUCUGUCUGUAAAAGCACUAAUUCAGGGCUGUUCUACUACAGUUCAAAACUUGACAUUUUGUCUAUACAGUUUACAAGCAUGGCUUAAAAAAAGCAGAAAACAAAAUUCCAAUAUCAAGUGACAGGUUUUACCCUUUGUAUUUUUUAUUUGCUGAGUAUCUUAAACUGCAGUAGGGAUUCUCUCUGGCUUUGACCUAGGUGAGAUAUACUAUUUGCUUGGUGACUGAAUGCAUACUGGUCAGGUAGGCAGUCAAACUGAUGACAGUCUUCAGAGGUUGGCUCUGUAGGUCUGUCUGAUAGAGAUGGGUAUAAAGUCUGCAGACUGAUAUUAUUUUCGAUGUCUAUCUAUGUCUCUUAUUUUAAACUGGCUAAUAAAUUGAAAUGUUUCCUAGUAUACUUCACCUCUGCAGAAUACCAAGGUGCACUUAAUACCAAGGUGCAUUUAAUAAGGUGCACCUUUAAAAUGUAAUAUAUUGGAGAGGGAGGCAGGCUAAAGAAUUGUCACCUUGGUUUACACUUCCCAGUGUAGAGUUCUACACCAUGUGCGAUUUAAACCAGAGAUCAACUCACUAGAGAAGCUUGGAUAGGACAGGACACAAUAUGGGGGAGUGAUGGCGGCAACGGACUGCUACAUCGUUCACGAGAUCUACAACGGGGAGAAUGCGCAGGACCAGUUUGAGUACGAGCUGGAGCAGGCACUGGAGGCACAGUACAAGUACAUUGUGAUCGAGCCCACGCGCAUUGGCGACGAGACGGCCCGCUGGAUCGCCGUGGGUAACUGCCUGCACAAGAUGGCCGUGCUGUCAGGUACCGCCUGCCUCCUGACGCCGCUCUCGCUACCGCCCGAGUACUCGCGCUACGUAGCACUGCCCGCUGGUGCCCUCAGCGUGGCAUGCUCCACCCUCUAUGGAAUCUCCUGGCAGUUCGAUCCCUGCUGCAAGUACCAGGUGGAGUACAACAGCCAAAAACUCUCGCGGCUGCCCCUGCACACACUCACCUCCUCCACGCCAGUGGUGCUGGUGCGCAGGGACGACAUCCACAGAAAGAGACUCCACAACACGAUAGCGCUGGCCGCCCUGGCCUACUGCGCCAAGAAGAUCUACGAACUCUACGCGGUAUGAGCACACUCUGAAGAGGUUUUUAAAAAAAAAAUAUAUAUAUAUAUAUAUAUAUAUAUAAUAAACGGGAAAAGAGAAUCCGCCAAGUGGAAGCCAUGCGCACAGUCGAGGGUUUGCCUCUAACCCCCCCACCCCACUUGAGUGGGUGCUUCAUUUUGAGCUGUUUGAUGGAUAUAGUUAAAUCUAGAAGGAAUUAUUUUUACCUUCUAAUUUUCUUUACUUGUAAGUGACAUCACCAGUGCACUUAUCCAUAUGGAACCCUUGUGCCUCUUCCCCGUCCCUGUACCCCUCAAUACACUAAGUUAGUGCACAAGGGUAGCUAAGUAAAAAUAAAUAGACUGAAUCGUGUUGCAGUUGAAAUGGACAGACUUAAGUAUUACCAACAUUUGUCUAUUCCUUGUAGUUUUACUGUAUCCCUUUCUUGCUGAUCAGUACGUCACCCUUUCAUUAAACAUUAGGAUAUUUCAAA